GUUUCGGAGAAGGGACCAUGGACUGGUAGAGUCCGCAGCAGGCACGGUCGUUGCCUAUCUACCCCUCACAGACCUUAGCCUAGGCUUCGAUCAAGUGAGCCUAGGAAAUUACCUGUUGGAUUGACGAGCAAAGGUGCAGUGCGGCCUGUUGCCUUUUUCGUUCAAUUUAGUUCUCUUUUUGUUGCUAACCUUUCGUUUGGCAUCGUGUUCGUCGCAAGGCCAAGAAAGAUGGAGGAAAGGCUGGGACAGAGAUUAUUGACUAAGGCAACAUGUAUGAUCCUGGCUAUCGCUGCGCUGAUUGGAGGCUCUGCUGGCCAGGAUGCUCCAGUGCAAGUCGGUGGAUACUCUAUCCUCAUAACGAGCAGUGACAAAUUCCCCUUGCACCGAAAAACACGGCCGGGCCGAGUGUUUGUGCUGUGGCAUAAUACAGCAAACGACAAUCACAUUAGCCAAGCAAUAUGUACCAUCCGCGCAAGAAAAGCCCAGUUCACAACUGACGGUGUAUUCAACCAGAACUAUCCGUUCUGGCUUCAAGAUGGCCAAGCGCUGGACCCGUCCGAGUUCAAAACUACCCAGAGGAGUUGGGAGGAGGGUGCCGAUCGCAUCUAUGAGUCCAGGUUUGAUUGGAGCACACGCUACACACUGGAAGGUUCGCACGGCAUUUUCACGUGCGGAGUGACCCAACACCGGCUGAUGUUUAAGGUGAAAAUUAUACAAUAUUUUCGAGGUCCCGAGCGUAUGGAAACACGUGCCCAGCUUGCGCAGCCCCCGUGGCUGCCAGAACCCUGGUGGUAUAUAGAAGGCUUGUCGCCGUUACGGCUUAGUUGUACGGUUCUCGGUGAGAGUCCCGUAAUAAUGUCCUGGUGGAGAGGCAGCGAGCGACUCAGCUUAGGAUACACACGUUCACUGGACUACCGUCUCCCGGCUUUUUCGCCCAAAGAAGCUGCUCGGUACACAUGCGGUGCCCAGGAUUUCUUUGGUUCCACCAGCUCUUCACUGCUGCCAUCUCAGUUUGAUCGGCCACCUAGAGUGAACAUGAACGCUACGGCUUCAUCCUCUACCCAAGCUAUUGUUGUGUUCCAGCCUCUCGGACGCCCUCGCUUGGACUAUGUUAUUUUAUAUUCUGCACCAGCAUGCAAGCAGCCACGUCAAUGUCCAUGUCAGGGCGAGUGUUCAUUAUCGGGAUCCGUGACACCAUCUGUAGAUGAAGACGAUCAAGCUAGUCCACAGCGUGUAGUGCUCUCUGGACUGCGCCCCAACACACAGUAUGACAUAGCCGUUGCAGCCAACAGCCAGCUGCGUGGCGGAUUUCCGUCGGCAGUAAACGUGUACACUCACGAAGCACCGCCUUCGGAACCGCUGAACUUUAGGACCGAGAGCGAGAACAUCACCAGCAUCCGGCUGAGCUGGAACCCUCCUGCACUGCCUAGAGGCACUGUGAUUGAGUACAUUUUGACAUACAUGACGAUAACACCCUCUGGCAGCGGCAGGCAAUUGAUGAAGGUCGAUGGCCUUGUUGGCCAGCUAGAAGUCGGAGAUCUUGCCGAGGGGACAACCUACUCGUUCAGCUUGUCGGCCGUCAAUCGCGCUGGACAGGGAGCAGCCGCCGCCAUAACAGUCUCCACCAUGAUGAAUAUGUCGGAGCCUACAAGCGCCGCACCCGCCACUCCAGCUGUGAUGGCUCAGUCAGACAAGACCCGGGGCUUGCACAUUGGAGCCGGAGUAGCGAUCGGGAUAGGACUGAUCUUUGGCAUAAUGGCCGUCGUUGUGCUCGGAGUUGUAUUGCAUGAGAAGUUCAAGACGCAGAAAUCUUGGAAUGUGCCUCAGCACCCGCUGCGCAGAAUGCCGACAGACAUGUCCAUGCUGAGUGAGCUGUCGACUUCAACCCACCCGUCACAAUCCUCAUAAAGGAUUUGUCAUUGUGCGUCUACCAUCCUCAUCCUCCGCCCUGCCAUACUCUGUAGUUCUGACCGUUUACUGGUAUUCUUUUUCGUACGUGUAUGUGUGUCUGUACGUGUGUGUGUGUGUACGUGUGUGUACGUGUGUGUGUGUGUGUGUGUGCACAUGAAUGUGUGCGUGUGACCAUGCGUUCACGUGUGGUUACUGAGAACAAUUGUGGCACACCACGGGGGCAGGUGGUCCUAAGCCAUGCAUUUGACAUGGGAUCUUGCAUCCACUAACUUAGGGUUGAAAUGCUUGGAAGCCAGCGCAUAGGAUGGGUAACGUUUUGCGGGUAAAUAUAAUUGUACAUACUUCAAAGUAUUGCCAUUUCAAGUGUAUCCCAGGCAACUACCAGUCUUGGUGGUAGCUCAUUUCACUAUCCCAGCCAUCAGUUCAUAUCCAUUCUACAUUGAUUGUAUGUACUAGCACUCCAUAGUGUGGUUCAGGUUGUAUUGCGUAUUAGUUGCUUUCGUUAUAGCUGCGCUCAUUACAUUCGUUGUCCCCAUACAAUAACCUUCCGGUCUCAAGAGUAUGCAUCCACAACAUGCCGUCAAGGCAUUAACCAUUUUCUUUCCUUCACAAGUGUACAGCCUGCACCCCGCAUACUACUACUACUGCUCUUCCUGGUUUCCGACAAGUUUCUCUACGUCGUGCUGUACAUAGAACACACUUGUGCAGUGUCUGAGUCCUGAAUUCAAGGCUUGUGCAGUAUUAGCCUGUGCAUCCUAGGUUACCAACUUGGCUUGGGCCUUCAUCUCAUUCUCACUAUUGGUAGUCUUAUCUCAUUUUCUACAUGUGGAGGUUGCGCUUGUGAAUAUUUUGCCCGUAUAAGAGGCUUGGGUAUAUUGUUAUAAAAAACCUCUUUACAGAUACAAUUCUUUUCAUUUUUUGGUCUUGUGUUCAGGUAAAAAAAAUUCUUAUGGCGAGUCAGGAGAUGUUCUGGCUU